GCUAAGCAACCUAAGUUCAUAAGUCCCUUAGCAGAAAAACCACUUUUCUUAAUCUAUUGAUUAGUUUAUCAGGGGGGAAACAAAGCAGAAUGGCACAACUAAGAGAGAACAGGAAUAACACUACUCUACCUGGGAACAAGAUUACCUUAGAUCUCCUUGGGGCCAUUGCCAAAGAUGACGUUAACCAGGUAGAAAAUUACAUAAUAAGCCCCAUUGAUCUCAUGAGUUACUCUGUUCUGUGCAUUAGCUGCAAGAUGGGCUCCCUGAAUGUUGUUAAGAGUUUGGCUAACAAGAAUCCUCAUCUGUGUCUCGAGGCGGGCGAUGAUGGGAGAAUUCCUCUUCACAUAGCGAUCAUGGAGGGGAAGGCAGAGAUAGUUAAACAGCUUGUGUUGACAUGCCCUGAGUCCCUUGAUUAUGUAACCCCUCGUGGGGAAACUGUCAUCCAUUUCGCACUACUCAGCAACAAUAAUGGCGAUUCUUGCCUGAAUUUCUUGCGGCAGGAGAUCCACAGGCUGGACAAGCAUUACCUCUUGGAAUACCUGAACCCAACAAAUGCCACCACUGCAGCUUCCUUUGAAAUAGAAGCCUCAACAAACUCUCCUCAGGAGGUUAGAAUUGCAGUGCCAGCUUCAAACGAGGCAACUCAUACAUCUCCAAUGCUGCAGCAGCACCAGCAGCAGGAGCAGUCAUCCAUGCUGCUAAAAGGAACGGUAUUCACAGCCGGAGUUACCUACACCGGUCUAUUCAAUUUCUACACUAUAUUUCCACAUGAUAACAACAACCCCACCCGCUUAACCAGAGCCUUCACUUCCAGGGAGGCUUUCUUCUCCCCUGGCUCGCUUCCAGAAAGCUUCUGGUUCCUCACGGUCACCACCUUCGCGUUUGUCUCAAGCACGAUUUCGAGCUUGGUGGCGAUUUGGUGGGCGGGCAGCCCGUGGUCCUUUGAAGUCAGAGCAGUCUCACUAUUGGCAUUGUCCUCUUUGUUUUCCAGCUACUUGAUGAUGCUGAAAACACUGGUUCCUCACUUUGCUGUCGUCACUGCAAGUGGCCAUCAAAUCCUUUCUGGCUUCGAGCUGCUCUGCUUGUACACCUCCGUUGCCCUUAUUCUUUCCAUGGCUGUGGCGCUGAUGGUUAGAGUCUUGUGGACUUCCAGACCUCGCUAG